GGGAGACCAGAUAUAGUGAAUGCGGGGUCCGGGGAGACCAGAUAUAGUGAAUGCUGGGUCCGGGGAGACCAGAUAUAGUGAAUGCAGGGUCCGGAAAGACCAGAUAUAGUGAAUGCGGGGUCCGGGGAGACCACAUAUAGAGGAUGCAGGGUCCGGGGAGACCAGAUAUAGUGAAUGCAGGGUCCGGGGAGACCGGAUAUAGUGAAUGCAGGGGUCUGGGGAGAGCAGAUAUAGUGGAUGCAGGGUCCGGGGAGACCAGAUAUAGUGAAUGCAGGGUCCGG